CAACCGUACGACUCAGAGCGACUUCCAACAUCAGCGUCCUGUAGUGAUGAAGUGCAACCAUCUCCUGUCCUGGGCCUUCCUGCUCCUAGCCUCUGGCCAACUACUGGCCCACCCCAUCACAGAAUCUGCAGAGAUGCCCUAUCCGGGACCUGUGUCAGUGGAGGACGGAGGAGUCGGUGCUCUGGAUGAUCUGUCUCUCUCCGAGCAGACCUUCCCUUCUCAGGAUGGUCUCAGAUAUUCCACUCUGAUAUCUGGGGAGUUUAACAGAGAUGGUGUCAGAACAGGUCUGCUUCCAAGGGGGAUUAAAAGAGAGGUCCUACUGGAGAAACAAAGUCUGCUAAAUCCUUUCAGCCGCGUGUCGGGCAUCCGGAAGCAGUUCAGGAAGAGAGCAGGGACUGCUGAGUGUUUCUGGAAGUACUGCGUCUAAAACUGUCAACGGGCAUUCAAGCUAAACACAAGAGACAGGGCUUGCACUAAAACAAGAAAUCACAAUCUAGCACACACAUUAGUAAAUUAAUCCAAAUAAAAAAUAUA